UAUUAACAUGGAAGCAACAGAAAUGUGCCAAAAAUGGAUGUGGUAACUGCUGGCCUGCAGGAUAAGUAUCCUCAGUGGAUGCUUACAGAGAGUCAGGAGGAAACUUCUUUGGGCCACAAAAAGAAGCCUGGUGCCCAGAGGAGUGUUCUGGAGGAUGGGCUGCCAUUCCUGGAGUUCUGUGGCUCUGUUGUUUAUAGCUACCAAGCCAGUGACUGUUCUCUUCUCUCUGAAGAUAUCAGGCAGAGUUUAUCAGAUGGGGCUGCUGUUGGAUUUGACAUUGAAUGGCCACCAUCAUACAUGAAAGGGAAGAUGGCCAAAACAGCUGUGAUCCAGAUAUGUGUCACCGAGGACAAGUGUUACUUGUUUCACAUCUCCUCCAUGGCAGGUAAUGUACUCCCUCUCUUAUUUAGGCCCUGAACUGCUCGUUGUUUCAUGUGGUUAAGUUUGAAUUUAAGCCUUGAGCAAUGGCUGAUAUAUCCUGCUACAUGGGACAGUAAAAAUCCACCCUUUUUCUCCCCUUUCCCACCUAUAAUAAAGGCAUUUAUUCUUGGAGCGAUGCCUGUAUAUUAAGACAAUCUUAGCUUGUCAUGUGUGCUUGGGUUCUGAACAGGGGAGAAGAGCCUUACUUGGGGAUUAUUUUUCUCUCUGGGAGAGAUUAUUUUAUUCCAGUUUUAAAAAUUUAAUUCUCUGCUCCUAUAAUGAGUUUUCUCUUUAGUGCCAAAAUAAACAGUGAUCCUAAAUAGAGCAGGCUGGGGGGUUUUUUUGUGUUUUCCUUUGGUUUUUUUUUUGUUUUAUUUUGUUUUUUUGUUUGGCUUCAAGAAAAAAAUCCUCAAAAAUGAUGGCUCUUGUGCCCUUUAUUCCCAAUAUCUGCAUUACAUGAGAUCAGCUUUGGGAAAGAGUACUGGGUACCUGGUGUGACGCAGCCGUGGGGAGAGAAGGGGUUGUGCUUAGCAGAGGCUGAAUUCAUUAUGGGUGUGAAUAAAAGCUUCCAAAUAGGGAAAAUAGGGAUGAGGGAAGG